AAACUGGACCGUGAACUGGCACUAGAAGAUGUGAGACAGCGUCAAUUACCAGCACUAGAUAUAUUUGCCAUGUCCAUCAAAUACUUGUUGGGUGAUAUGCUCACAGUUCUUAAUAGAAAAGAACGUGGUAUCACUUUAUAUAACAUUUUGGUGGUUCUCACCGUACCAGCUCUGUGGACAGACCCUGCGAAACAUUUCAUGAGGGAAGCUGCAAUAAAGGCAGGUUGUGACUCGAAGAAGUUGAUAAUUGCUCUAGAACCGGAAGUAGCCUCAAUUUAUUGCCAGUUUCUUGAUGAAGAUGAAACUGUUGACGAACAAUUCCUGCAGUUUCCUGUUGGAAUGAGAUAUCUUGUUGUAGAUGCUGGGGGCGGCACUGUUGAUAUAGCAAUUCAUGGAGUAGAAGAAGACUUUCAUGUGAAGGAAGUGGCGUCUGCUGUCGGAGGCGACUGGGGCAGUACAAUGAUUGACGAUGCAUUUGAACAGUUUCUAAAAGAGCUUUUAGGGGAGGAUAUAUAUAACGAGUUAAAGGGCAAUCACUCUGGGGACUUUCUAACUAUCAUGCGUGAUUUUGAGAAUGAAAAGUUGAUAAACAACGCUGGACAUCAGACGAAAAAAGAUUAUCAGAUUGACAUACAGCUACCAAUGUCUGUUGCUAACAUGUUGACUGAAAAAUUGCAGACGACAUUAUUUAAACGUGCAAAAGAAUCAACAUUUGCACAAAAUUUAACGGUGUUUAAAAAUAGAUUAGUGAUGACGUCAGAGUUAUUUGAAUCAUUUUAUGAAGAACCUGUGAAGCAGACUAUUUCAUUAAUUGAACAAACAUUGUCAAAUGGUAAGGUUGGCAAACUGAAAGCAAUUUUAAUGGUUGGCGGGUUUUCUCAGUCUAAAAUUCUUCAAAACGCUGUGAAAGCGGCGUUUCCUAAACAACACGUGGUUGUUCCGAUAGAGUCGUCUGUUUCAAUCGUGAAAGGUGCAGUGGUAUACGGGCACCAUCCAAUGUCUAUUUCUGAACGUAUUCUAAAAUAUACUUACGGUGUUGAAGUAAUGAAAAAGUUUAAACCUGGAGUGCAUCCGGUGAAACGAAUGGUCGAAACAGAAACAGGGAAAUACUGUAAAAAUGUUUUUUCUAAACAUGUUGAAAAGGACCAACUCGUAAAAGUUGGUGAGGCUCAAAUUGAUCAAAGAUAUACCCCAGCCGACAGCCAAAAGACGUCUGCACAUUUGAAAUUAUUUGCGUCGUCUGUUAAGAAUCCAAAAUAUACAGACGAACUGAGCACGUGCAUAGGUGAAGUGACAAUUGACCUUGACGACCAUGACGGAGACCUGACAAGGGGAUUAUGGGUAUCGUUUAUAUUCAGUGGACCGGAAAUCGUUGUAGAGGUGUUUGAUGAGAAAACAGAAAAAGUGAGGCAAGCUAAGACUGACUUUCUAGGUCCAUCAUUGAUAUGAAAUUUAUUU